CGACUAUCGUGCCAGCCGUCAAGCGUCAAGUAAAAAAUACAGUUUUGAUUGUUUCGAAUUCUUGUUUUAUCUUGAUAUCCUUCGCGUAUUAUAAAUAAACCAGUAUUUAUCAACAUAGCACAAUGGCCAGCGAGACCAGUUCAGCAGUCUUGGACCUAAAUGACGCAGAUGCAACGGACACAGACGCUCCGAGCGUGAUGGACGUGGACGAGGUACCAGAUGGAGCGCCUCUUAUCAUGGAACAUGGAUACGACAUCGCUGUUAAGGUUGACGCUCCGAUGAAACAGCUGUCGACGCUGGAGACAUUCGUUACGUAUAGAGUACGCUGCGUCUGCGCACGUUGGACAACGCCGCCACACGUCAGACGACGCUAUAACCAUUUUAAGCUCCUUCACAAGCGGCUGGCAGCGGCCCACCCGCUGGUGGCGCCGCCGCCGCUCCCCCCCCUGCACUCGGCGAGGCAGCAGCUCGAUCGCUACUCGCCCGCCUUCGUCGCAGUUCGUUGUCUCGCUCUACACUCAUUCCUCGAACGUAUCGCGAAACAUCCAAUACUGACUCAUAGUGAAGACUUCAAGCUAUUCUUGACCACACCUGAUGAUGAACUGGAUAAGGUUUUCAAAAGCGAAAACAGCGCUUUAAAUCUCUGGGGUCUAAGCACCGCGCUGUACGGUAGCGGUGAAGCGAAACCUGCUAACGGCGCGAGAGUAAAAGAUCCGGAGUUCAGCUCAGCGGCGGACUACUUGCAGUCGCUGCAGCAGAAGUUGACCACGCUCUGUACACUGACCACCAAAUUGUACAAGGGCUCGGUAUCGUUGAGCACUGAGCUGAUGGGCAUGCGGCGCGCGUGUGACGCGUGGGCGGUGUCGGCGGGCGGGCGCGUGGCGGGCGCGCUUGCGGGUGCGGCGGCGGGUGCGGGCGCGGCGGGCGCGGCUCGCGCGGGCGCCCCGCUGCGCCACCGCGCCGCGCUGCCCGCGCUCGCCGCCUACGCGCACGCGCACUGUGAGAAGAUCCGCGCCCGGGACGCACUGCACGCCGCCUACGUGUCCGGUAACAAUACGACAGACGAAGUACAUAAUAGAUUAGAGCAAGCGUCGGAAGCGUUACGUUCAGAACUCUCCGAUUGGAUACCUAAAACGCACGCGGAAAUCAAGUCCCUACUACUGGACUUGGCGGACAGACAAGUGAACAUACACACACAGACCCUGAUGGGCUGGGAGCACGCCCUCAAACUCUCCACAGACGACAUAUCGGAUGUGUUCAAAACAGUAUCGAAAACGGCCGUGCAGAAUCUGUCGCCAUCGAAAUGCAGGAGUCUGACGACACCGAACGAGACCGAGCAAGACAUAGAUGAUAUCGAUAAUUAUAGCAACGAUUCAGAUAUACAGGAUGUGUCGAAAGACGAUAUACAGGGUGCAUCGAAAAUAGAUAUACAGGCUGUAUCAAAAGAUGUGCAAGAAAGGGCGGACGUGCGAGAGUGUGUCAACGGAUGCGACGAUUACGGUAAAUUGGACUCUGUGUCGAAGGAGGACAGCUCGAAAUCGGACUCGAGAUUUUCGGAUCCCUUGCAAGAGUUCUCAGACAUUGAUCUAUCAUGAUUCUGCGAUACGCUAUUCUGUAAUUUUAUAAGAGAUUUUUGAAAUUCCAAAUCCUGUAUAGUUUUAUCGUAUUGUGUACUUCCCAUUGAAUAACAUAUAAGUAUUUAAUUUUAAUAGA